AUGCUGACGACGAACAUUUUAACUCCAUUGUCCUUCUUCACGAAGCAUCUCGGUUUGUUUAGCUGCCUUUGAUUAAAAGCAGUGUUUCGUAAACUAGCGACUUAUUUAAUGAAAUACGUUCUCAUGGUUUAAGCAGCUCAACUAUUCUACCUUGAUGCAAAUCAAUUCUUGGUCUGUAAAAAUGUACCGGAUUGUAGGAUGAAUUUUAGGAUAUUUGCAUGGACUGUUUGCACGUAGAAGAGCUAAAAGUGGCUGCUAGCGAUCAAAGGUUCAUUUUAUUUUACUUUCUGAACGCUGUUGUAGGCCUUGCGUGGUCCGUAAUAACAUAAAAAAAAUCCUAGGUCCUCUCCCAAUGCACCAUUUUGCAAAUUCUGUCGCAUGAUAUUUUAAAUCUGUGUUGUUUUUAGGUGUCCUCGUCCUUUUACUAAUAGUUCUUGGUCACGUUAUGGCAGUUCCCACGGAUCAUCUUGAGGACGAGGAAGAUGAUGCCCGGCGUUUAGCUUUUGAGCUCUACAAGAGGGGAAUUUUAAAAAUGAGACUUGGAAAGCGCCAGUGGGGUCAAUACACUGCCGGUGAGGAAUCUAAUUUUUAGCCGAUUGGCCUAGCACCUGGUUAUACCGUUGUGUACAACGGCACGUUUUAUAGCUCACGCUCUAAAAAAUGAAUGUUUUGAAAUUGCAAUCGGAAUGCCCACAGGGUGCUUCUAUCAUGGCUGAAAAAAUAAUUCCCUGAUGUCACCUCGGUGUUCUUAAAAGUUAAUUUAAAAGUUAAAUUAAAAGUUAAUUAAAAGUUAAUUUCUUCAGGGGCUCUGAGUUAUGGACUUGUUUGUAAAGUAAAGAUUAUUUGUCUAUUGAAAGUCACUAAACCAAAAUACCAAUACUAACAGAAGUUACGGCGCUGAUCAUAAUUACUUGAGUCUAAUUUCUGAAUAAAUAUUAAAGUAGAGAACUUUUCCCGCAUACCAUUCUGACAAAAUAUCAAUUUACAUUUUUCGGCCGAUAUAGAAUGUGCACCUAAAACAUAAAGGUUUGAGAUAUGUAAAACUAAACAUGACAAAAUGGGCUUUCAAACAAGCCGAUAAUUCUGUAACAGCUUAGCUGGUCAAUGGGCACAUAUACUCGGCAUUUAGACAACAAUGAAAUAUACCGGUCUUAAAACCUAAAAUGCUUAUUAGGGAAGGCUUAGGCAGAUGUUAGGGACUUGCUGUUCACAUUUAUAAGUUUGACUAAUUCGAGGUUUAAACCAGAUGUUUUUCAUUAGAUCUAAUUGUUUUUUAGGCAAAACGGACCAAUGAAUAUUGGAAUUAUAAUUACAACAAAUAUUUCUGACUUGCAUGCCGGCUGGGGUUAUUUCAGAGCAAUACAUAUUGUGCUUUUGGGUGCAAAAAGUGCUCGUUAUUUUAUUUGUAGAGGGCAUUAGUGAUAAAUGCCCCAAAUUGAUGCACAACCAUCAAAUAAUAUUUUGUGAGUAUGUAAAUGGGAGUAGCCGUCUAAUUAUGAAAGUGCGUUGCCUAUGAACACAAAUUUAUUUAGGUUAACAUUUUAAAUGCUAGAUUACCAGACUUUCCUGAUGUUUUCACUUCUUUCAUGCAUACGUUAAUGCAUUCAGGCCACAUGCUCUUCCAAGACAUGUGCUUACGCACUUGUAAUCUCUUGUAGGGAAAGGUGUUGAUGGUGAAUUUACCUCGGACAACGCCGAUGAAGGCGUAUUUGAACCACUGCCAUCCAAAAGACGAAUUCGGGGAAUGCGAAUAGGAUAA